GCGGUUGACCCAACGCUCGAACAGGUGCUCCCGUGCCCUCCAGGCCUGCAAAGCUCCCUGGGGGCCCUGUUCGUGAGGGGAAGAGGGUCAUUUACUGAUUUGCUUCUGGGGGGGCUUUCCUUUGUUUUGGUCUGACUGCCCCUGGACAGAGAUGUCCAUAAGACCAGAACCUGCAAACAGUUGGCAACGAUCGAGGAGCUUUGAGUGAAAUCGCACGUCGUUCAGCAGACCUACCGGCAGCGGACAGUGUAGGCAUCCACGGAACGUUUAUAGGCGUUUCUUCACGUAGGACAGUCUGUUGGCCCAGUAAUAGGGCUCAGGCAGGUUAAAGACAGGGUUCCUUUUCUUGAGUGGCCAGUGGCCAUGGCCUUGGCAGUGUGUUCGGACCUGCAGCGGGGCGGCGGUGAGUCGGGUGGCCAGUCAGAGCUUUUCACCCGUGUGUCUGCUUUGGAGAAAGGCGUGUUUUCGGGGGCUCCCAGGAGACCCUGGCCGGCCUCCCUUGCUGGCGUAGGUUGGCUCUUCUCUGUUGUUCCCUUUGAGGCUGCCCUAACCCGAUCACCCCAACAAGCAAAAGACGGCCCGGCUGUGCACCACGUAGGACCCUCCCCCAGGUUAGGAAAACGCGGAUCCAUUUAGAGGACCUGUUCCAGAAGGCCCUUACCAGUUAGCUGGGGGCGUGGCCGUCGCCGCGUGGGGCUCCAUAAUGUCCUCCGUGGCUGCGCUCCUUACGCACGUGCACCUUGUCAGCUCUAUGGUGUUAGGGUGAGUCACAGGCCUUGUGUUUUGUCUGGGGCCUCUCUUUGCGUGUCCCCCUUCACGUGCCGCGGGGGGCAGAGAGAUGGCCCUGCCUGUGCGUGGCUGCCCAACACCGUUUCCUGGGCCUGGCCUUCUGAGCCUCUGCCCACGGGGCUCAAGGAACGUGCUGGUCAGUAGCCAGGCCUUCCUCCGGCGCCAGCCGCAGGCCCUCCGUGACCUUGCACUCCCGGGGGGACCGGACCGGGCCCUUGCCUGCUAAGUGUUGCCCCUGAAAUAGCUCUUCCUCCACAAACAUCUGCUGCCCCUGGAAGCAGCGAGGAGAGGGAAAUCUGAAGUCCCCUGAACACCACCGCUGUCCUUCCACAUCUGAGGGCUUCUGUGUGUGGGGCCGUGGCCUCGGCCUGGGCCACGUGUGGUAGCCCUGGGGCUUCUGCCCGGACCAGACCGCCAGGUGCACUGGUCCCUCGGGUUUCUUCUUACCAAUCAAGUUGGCUUUGCCACUGCUGUGUAUCAGUAAGAGAAGGUUCUACAUUCUCACUUCCCCUUGUGCAGAACGGUUUGCCAGGAGGCUGGUGAUGGCCCUGGGCCACUUAGCUGAGGAGACUUUCUGUGGCUUAGUGGUUUGAUUUCUGCCCUGCAUGAAGCCUCUUAGGUGCUGCCAGAUGGGGGACCUCCACCCUGGGGUCUGACCCUCCUUGGCCACAGCUGCUGGGCCACUCCAGGCGACCUUGCAGAUACCGGGUGCCCCUGGCACCCUUGUGCUUGACCCUGGCCCGCCUGGUGGCUCGGGCGGGUGGAGAAGGCAGCCCGGGGUGGGGGGGCUCCUUGCUCGCACGCCAGCCGUCACAACCUCCACGGCCUGGAGUGCGCGUGGAAUCCUUGCUGCCUCUCGUGUCAGCCGCGGAGGGUCUGCUCCCCAGUGUGGCUCCAGAGCUCCGCAUGCCAGAAGCGUGUCUCCUCCCCCCGCCCUGUGGACCCCACCCCUCCCCUUGCUGGCGGGGGCUCCCGGCCCUUUCUCAUUCGGAUCCUCUGUUGCCCAGCGGACGGCCACUUCCCCUUCCCUGCAAUCUCCGAGGCCGAGGUCUGGAAAACCAACCCCUGGCCACAGAUAACUUAUGGCGUCCUCACAUUUGCAUGUGGAACGGGAAGAAGAGAUUAGGAGUGGAACUCAGUUUACAUGCGAGGUCCCAGGUCCGAGCAGGGCUGCCUCGCAUCUUCCGCGGGCAUUUGCUGUGCGCGCGGAGUUAAAGCUCGGCCCCGCGGCUUCCAGGGGGCACUCACCGCCCAACGGAGACCCGGUUCUGGGGCGUUCUCCGCGAGUCUGGAGAUGGAGUCUGUGGUGAUCCCGCGUAUCAUCUGCUGGUUAUGUAAUGUGACAACAUGGGUAUGAAAUAGAAACCAGAUGUCGGGGCGGGGCGACAGAGUCCUCAUCAGUGGGCACCAGCGGGGCCCGGCUGGACUUUCCUCCACUGUCCCGGGCUCACUGUCCCGGGAGACCCGGCUCUGGAGGGGCUGCUGGGGUCUAAACAAAAGGCUCGACUGAAGAUGGACUUUCUGGCCGAGACCAGCCUGUGGAGCUGCUAAACCCUGCCCGCGUGAACCACAUGCCCAGCACGGUGGAUGUGGCCUCCGCGCUGCCUUUGCAGGUCGCGCCCCCGGCGGUGCCCAUGGACCUCCGCCUGGACCACCAGUUCGCGCUGCCCGUGGCGGAGCCCGCCCUCCGGGAGCAGCAGCUGCAGCAGGAACUGCUGGCCCUCAAGCAGAAGCAGCAGCUCCAGAGGCAGAUCCUCAUUGCCGAGUUCCAGAGGCAGCACGAGCAGCUCUCCCGGCAGCACGAGGCCCAGCUGCACGAGCACAUCAAACAACAGCAGGAGCUGCUGGCCAUGAAGCACCAGCAGGAGCUUCUGGAGCACCAGCGGAAGCUGGAGAGGCACCGCCAGGAGCAGGAGCUGGAGAAGCAGCACCGGGAGCAGAAGCUGCAGCAGCUCAAGAACAAGGAGAAAGGCAAAGAGAGUGCCGUGGCCAGCACAGAAGUGAAGAUGAAGCUUCAGGAGUUUGUCCUCAAUAAAAAGAAGGCGCUGGCCCACCGGAACCUGAACCACUGCAUCUCCAGCGACCCGCGCUACUGGUACGGGAAAACACAGCACAGCUCCCUCGACCAGAGCUCCCCGCCCCAGAGUGGGGUGUCGGCCUCCUACAACCACCCGGUCCUGGGAAUGUACGACACCAAAGACGAUUUCCCGCUCAGAAAAACAGCCUCUGAACCCAAUUUGAAAUUGCGGUCCAGGCUAAAGCAGAAGGUGGCCGAAAGACGGAGCAGCCCGCUGCUACGCAGAAAGGACGGGCCCGUGGUUACCGCUCUAAAGAAGCGUCCAUUGGAUGUCACAGACUCGGCCUGCAGCAGCGCCCCGGGCUCCGCGCCCAGCUCGCCCAACAACAGCUCCGGGAAUGUCAGCACCGAGAACGGGAUCGCGCCCGCCGUCGCGAGCAUCCCCGCCGAGACCAGCUUGGCCCACAGGCUCGUGACGCGAGAAGGUUCCGUGGCCCCGCUGCCCCUCUACACGUCACCGUCCUUGCCCAACAUCACGCUGGGACUGCCCGCCGCUGGCCCUUCCGCUGGGACGGCAGGUCCGCAGGAGGCCGACAGGCUCGCUCUCCCCGCCCUCCAUCAGCGGAUCUCCCUCUUUCCGGGCACGCACCUCACCCCCUACCUGGGCACGGCGCCCUUGGAGCGGGACGGUGGCGCUUCGCACAGCCCGCUGCUACAGCACGUGGUCUUACUGGAGCAGCCGCCUACGCAGACGCCCCUCGUCACAGGCCUGGGCGCGCUGCCCCUGCACGCGCAGGCGCUGGUGGGAGCGGACCGCGUGUCCCCGUCCGUGCACAAGCUGCGGCAGCACCGCCCGCUGGGGCGCACGCAGUCGGCCCCGCUGCCCCAGAACGCGCCGGCCCUGCAGCACCUGGUCAUCCAGCAGCAGCACCAGCAGUUUCUGGAGAAGCACAAGCAGCAGUUCCAGCAGCAGCUGCACAUGAGCAAGAUUAUCCCCAAACAGAGCGAGCCGGCCCGGCAGCCGGAGAGCCAUCCCGAGGAGACGGAGGAGGAGCUUCGUGAGCACCAGGCCCUCCUGGAGGAGCCCUACCUGGACCGGCUCUCUGGGCAGAAGGAGGCACACGCUCUGGCCGGCGUCCAAGUGAAGCAGGAGCCCAUCGAGAGUGAUGACGAGGAGGCGGAGCCCCCGCGGGAGGUAGAGCCGGGCCAGCGCCAGCCCACCGAGCAGGAGCUGCUCUUCAGACAGCAAGCCCUCCUACUGGAACAGCAGCGUAUCCACCAGCUGAGGAACUACCAGGCGUCCAUGGAGGCGGCCGGCAUCCCCGUGUCCUUCGGCGGCCACCGGCCUCUGUCCCGGGCGCAGUCGUCCCCGGCGUCUGCCACCUUCCCCAUGUCCGUGCAGGAGCCCCCCACCAAACCGAGGUUCACCACAGGCCUCGUGUACGACACGCUGAUGCUGAAACACCAGUGUACCUGUGGGAACACCAACAGCCACCCCGAGCACGCGGGGCGGAUCCAGAGCAUCUGGUCUCGGCUGCAGGAGACGGGCCUCCGGGGCAAAUGCGAGUGCAUCCGCGGACGGAAGGCCACCCUGGAGGAGCUGCAGACGGUGCAUUCGGAGGCGCACGCCCUGCUCUAUGGCACGAACCCCCUCAACAGGCAGAAACUGGACAGUAAGAAACUUCUAGGCUCACUAACCUCGGUGUUUGUCAGGCUGCCCUGCGGUGGUGUCGGGGUGGACAGCGACACCAUAUGGAACGAGGUGCACUCGUCGGGCGCGGCCCGCCUGGCCGUGGGUUGCGUGGUGGAGCUGGUCUUCAAGGUGGCCACGGGGGAGCUGAAGAACGGCUUUGCCGUAGUCCGCCCCCCAGGACACCACGCGGAGGAGAGCACGCCCAUGGGGUUCUGCUACUUUAAUUCCGUAGCCAUCGCAGCCAAGCUUCUCCAGCAACGGCUGGACGUGAGCAAGACCCUCAUCGUGGACUGGGACGUGCACCACGGAAAUGGAACCCAGCAGGCCUUCUACAACGAUCCCAACGUCCUCUAUAUCUCCCUUCACCGCUAUGACGAUGGCAACUUCUUCCCGGGCAGUGGGGCGCCAGACGAGGUGGGCACAGGCCCAGGUGUGGGCUUCAACGUCAACAUGGCUUUCACUGGCGGCCUCGAUCCCCCCAUGGGAGACGCGGAGUAUUUGGCAGCCUUCAGAACCGUGGUCAUGCCCAUCGCCAGCGAGUUCGCCCCAGACGUGGUGCUCGUGUCUUCAGGCUUCGACGCCGUGGAGGGCCACCCCACGCCGCUCGGCGGCUACAACCUCUCCGCCAGAUGUUUCGGGUACCUGACGAAGCAGCUGAUGGGCCUGGCUGGCGGCCGGAUUGUUCUGGCCCUGGAGGGGGGCCACGACCUCACGGCCAUCUGCGACGCCUCGGAAGCAUGUGUUUCUGCUUUGCUGGGCAACGAGCUUGAUCCUCUCCCGGAAAAGGUUCUGCAGCAGAGACCCAAUGCUAACGCUGUCCGGUCCAUGGAGAAAGUCAUAGAAAUCCACAGCCAGUACUGGCGCUCCCUGCCGCGCCUCUGCUCCACGGUGGGACACUCUCUGGUAGAGGCCCAGAAGUGCGAGAACGAGGAAGCCGAGACCGUCACCGCCAUGGCCUCGCUGUCCGUGGGCGUGAAGCCCGCGGAGAAGAGACCGGACGAGGAGCCCAUGGAAGAGGAGCUGCCCCUGUAGCCUCCCCCGGAGCUUCGGUUCUCUUGUCUGUUUGUCCCUGUCUUGAAGCUCCGCCAAGAACAGCUCCUGUUUCUCUGCGGCCUGCCCGCGAUCUCUGGCCAGGGCUUGAGCGGCAGCGGGGAGCCCUCCCUGCCCGGCCCCCGGGCCCCCCCCCGGGCGGGCAGCAUUGCGCGGAACCGGGACAGACGCCGGCCGCGCAGACACACGGACACACACGCGGCCAGGCUCUCGGCUCCCGGAGGGAAGCCGCGGAGGAGGGAGGCCCGUGCGGCUCGCGGCACAGCCGCCCACUUCGACGCCACGAGGGAAGGAAAACGGAAGUCAAAGAUCUGAUAACACAAAACAGACUCGAUUAAAACUGGUGCUUACAGUUGAUUAUCACCCACAAUUCCACAGUCUCCGUGUAAACCACUCAACUCAUCCCGUAGCUUCUUUUUUUCUUUAACGAGAACGUUCUCUAGGCCCCGGCCGCCUCCGUGGCCCGCAGCGGCGGGGUCUGCGGCCGGGCGGGGGGGCGGAGUGGACACGCGCAGGAACGUGAGCCUGCGGGACCCGGCUUUGCUCUCUCAAAGCCAUCGGAAGAUGCGAGUUUGUGCCUUUUUUUUAUUGCUCUGAUGGAUUUUUGUGGCUGGGUUUUCUGAAGUCUGAGGAACAAUGCCUUAAGAAAAAAUAAACAGCAGGAAUCGGUGGGACAGUUUCGGGCCUGGCGGGGGAGGGGGGGUGGCCCACGCGCCCCGAGGCCGCUGCGUGCUGGCCAGGGUGGGGGGGCGCUGCUGGGGGGUGGGGGGGCUGCCGUCCCGUGGCCCCUGUUUUGCUUUAGUGCUGUUUAAGAGACGUGCAGGUAGUUCCAGCAAAGUGGCAAAUACUGUUGGGGGUUUUGAAGUCCGACAAAUUUUAAAUGAAUCCAAAGUGUUCUUUUCUCGUACGUCAUUUAACAAUUGAGCAUCUCCAUUUGGUUGUGAAGCAUGUCCUAGGCUCACUUCCAGUGUUACGAUCGGAAUGCUUUUCAUUAAAAGCAAGUAGCAUGAAGUAUUGCUUAAGUUUUAGGUAUAAAUAAAUAUAUAUAUGUAUAAUAUAUAUUCCAAUGUAUUCCAAGCUAAGAAACUUGAUUCUUAUGAAAUCUUGAUAAAAUAUUUAUAAUGCAUUUAUAGAAAAAGUAUAUAUAUAUAAUAAAUGCAGGUCGUAAAGGUCCCUGGCGAAUGAAUGACGUGUGGACUAGACAUCAAGGUGCUUACGGAAAGGGAUCUAGUUUGAAACUCAACGUAUUUUUGAAUUCCAGAUUGGAUAGCUUCCAGAUCGCCAACGAGUCCGCCACUGGACGGCUGCCUUCGGGUGUGAGCUGUCCUUCCCGCUCUUUCCGGACGGGACCCUCCUGGUCCGAGCCUCCUCGCACAUAUUUACCUAAUGAGUUUUUAUAGCAAAGGAUAGACAUUUGCUGUUGAUUUUUGUAUGAAUUUUCCACAAGGAGAUCCUGAAUAAGCAUUGUUUUGUGAAUUUUACAUUUUGUUCUCACCAUUUAGCAGUUUCCUGAAUGGUAACAAUGUCUAAACCUUUUUUCUUUCUAAAUUCCUGCUUGUACAUUUUUUUUUUUAACUUUUAAAGGUUUUUUUUAUUAUUAUUAUUUUCAUUGUUGUUUAUUUUCGUACAGCGAGCAGUUUGCUGCGGUGCACGGAACUGCCCUCGGUUUGUUUUCAGAAAGUGAGCUCGAGGUGGGGGGGUUGGCGUGCAGGCUCCUGGCGGUGACUGGCUGUCCCAGCCCCGCCCCCCACGGCUGCGCCCAUUAGCGAGGGGCUUUUCUUCCCUCCACACCGGUAGUGUUACAGGGGGUGCUGUGUUUUCCCCUCGGCAGCCGCACGCGGGGAGGAUCGCAGGGUCACUUGCCAGACGCCUCGGGCCGUCAGCACUCAUGAAACUCCUGUUUCAACUUGCCUGGCCACGUUGUCAGGAUAGGAUUUUAAAUUCAGUUUUCCAAAGACCUUUUAAAGCAUGUCAGCAAAAUGCAUGGGGCCGGAGUGAGGCCCACACCUGUUCUGGGUUUUUCCGCCGCGGCCACACGGCCGGGGGCCGGCCGAAAGCAGCAGGCCCCGGAUUUUGGAGCCUGUGGCUGCGGGAGCCUAGGGGCCCCCGCCGCCUGGCGAGCCUGCAGGGACAGCACAGAUUCCUGACCAGGGCAGCCAGUCUUUGCUCUUUUUGUCUCGGACAGUAACUGACCGUCACUUUUUACUGGUAACUUAUUUUUCAGCACUUGAAGACACCAGUUUCAUUCCAAAGCAUGUAGUGAGUUCAGAGCCGCGGGGAGAGUUCGGGCACGGUGCUCCCGUCAGGAGGGAGCCCCAAGCCACGCUUCGGAGUCUGGUCGCAUUCACAGGGUAGCUUCUGAGACACCGAUGCAGGCGGACUCCUGACCGAGCGAAUCCAGAUUCUUAGGUUGGCUCGGUCACGGGGACGUUGGUGGUCAGGUCCAGGACAGCGGCCUGAGAGUAGGACAGAAAGGUCUUGGGGCAGGUGUGACUGCGCCCCCUCCCGCCGGCCCCUCCUUGCUGCGGGGCCCAGCCCACCUUGGCGGGAGGAGCCGGUGCUCGGGAGCCAGCUGGGCCAUCCGGGCCGGUGCGGAGCGGCCCGUGGCCAACUGGGGCCCUGCUCCGCACAGCCCACGGGCCCCCUCCCCCCCCCCGCCGCCGGCCGGCCCCGGCUCUCGGAGAGGAAGAGGUCAUCUCACGCUUUUUACAGUGACUGGGUCAGGGAGCCGUCCGAGGGGGGCUUGCUCCCCGUCUCUUGCGGGGAGACCCCUCGGCAGAGAGGCCUGGGGGGCGCGGCUGCUGUGUCCGCGCGCCCCAGCCCCACAGAUGUGCUUAAAGCAUUACCGUGUAGCCUUUUCUUUUCUUUGAAGACACACUCGGCCCUUCCCCGCCGCCAGCCACCAGGGUGUGCAGGACCCCCGCGCCAAGGGGGGUGGGGGGCGCCUCCCAUCUCCCCUCUCCGGUCCUUGCGCCUAAUUUAGCCUUUUUCUUCCUUUGCAAAGGCCUCGGGGGCACCGGCCGGGGGUCAGCGAGCGAGCACUUUAGGUCCCUCCGCGGGACUCCCCACGAUGCUGCCGGGGACGCGUGGCGCCCGCCCUUUCGGCUCCCGCCGCGCCCCGGCGUGCCCGAGCCCCACCAGCAGGCGGCCGCCCGGCUCCGGAGGGCCGCUUUGUCAGAGUGUUUCGGUCUUUCUCCACUUACUUUCGAACACCUGUUUCCAGAGGAAGGACCGCCGGGUGCUGCUCCGCACGGAAGCCAGGGCGGCAGAGUUUGUCGGUUUUAAUUUUCGAUCAGAACAUUCCUCCUUCGCUGGUCACAGCCACGUGCUCAUUCCAUUCUUUUUGUAGACUUUCGGGCCCACAUGUUUUAUGGGCAUUGAUACAUAUAUAAAUAUAUAUAUAAACAUAUAUGAAUCUAUUUUUUUAAGUUCCUACACCUGGAGGUUGCAUGGACUGUGUGGCCGGCAUGUCUCUAUCGUACACAGAUUUUGCACGCCAGAGUCGGCAGCUUUGGGGAAGAGGAAAAAUGCCUUUUUGUUCCCCUCUCACGACAUUUGCAGAUUCGACAGAUGGGAGUUUUUCUGUAAAACAAAACCUUGAAGGAGAGUCGGUGGGGGGGGGGGGGAACGUUUGCGUCUCACUGAACCUAUUCUUAAGAAAUUGUACUUUUUAUUGUAAGAAAAAGAAAAAAGGACUACUUAAACAUUUGUCAUAUUAAGAAACAAAGUUUAUCUAGCACUUGUGACAUACCAAUAAUAGAGUUUAUUGUAUUUAUGUGGAAACAGUUGUUUUAGGGAAACUACACAGAAUUCGAGGUGAACUGCCCGUCUCUCUUCCGUUGACUUGGAGGCAUUUGCCUCGCUUUGUUUUGUUUGUUCCUUGGAUCUUGCACAGGGCCAGGCGCGCGCGCUGCCCUCCGGCCGGCCCGGUGGCCGCCGACGGUGACGGUGCACAGCCCCGGAGAGCCCCUUUCCGCACAGCUGUGGUGACUUUCUAGUUACUUGUAGACCACGCGUGGCCAAGAUGUCACUUUAAGCCGAGAGUCGUGACCUGUGUGAGCGCCGCAGGUUCAGACCCUCCUUUGCAUGGAGAGGAGACCCUUUCUUCCUCGCCACGACGCGGAGCUCGUCCCCGGCCCGGCUCGCCUCGUCCGACGUGACGACAAGUCUGCGCCCGGAGGAACGAGCAGGCGGACACUUUUGUUUGUUCGGGUUUUCGGUGUGUGUGCCCCGCAGGGGAGGCGCUCUUUCCCAGUUGAUGAGAAUGACCCGUAUUAUAAUGUAUACAAGGGGGGCUGACCCCGUUUACCCAAGAGCUUGCACAGAGCUGCAGCGCCGCCGCGGCCUGCGUGUGGCCCGUCGGCGCGCUCCGGGCCGGGUCCUCGCCACGGCAGCCUACCGUUUUCUUCUGUGACGUAAUCCGUUCCCUCCGAUCGUCUGGACCUGCCAGUGGUCCUUUCUUUCUUUUUGCUCCGUGCAGUUGGAGAUUCUGUUCCCGGUUUUCUCAUUCUCGUUCUGUUCCGUGUGGGCGGGUUUUCCCCGACGGCCGUGUCCCCUCCUCUGACUGCCGACUCCACUUCACCCGGAGUCCAGUGUUUGUACCUCAUCAGACAGCUUGUUGCUCUCGUGGUGUAAAUAAAACAGCAUCUCUGGUU